AUGCCGUCCACUGCCGAUCUCAAGCGCUUCGCCGCCGAAUCUGACGAUUCCGAUCAGGGCGCCAACAUUGACCAACACGCCUCCUCGUCCGAGUCUGAACACUCCUCCGAUGCCGAGUCGGACCAGCUUGACGAUGCUGGCUCCCGCAAGAGACGCAAGACCUCGCCGCCGAGGAUUCCAGCGCUGGACGAUGAGGACGAAGACGAUGAGGAAGAGUUCCAGCGAAUCGUAUCUACAAUACAGGCACCGUCCCGAGUGAAGAAGACGACCACCGCCACACCGUCCUCCAGACCCGAACCCAAGCUCUCCGCGCCGGCUGGCAUCACGGCGCCCGUUGACCCGGACACGACAUUCUCCUCUCUCAACGUCCGACCAUGGCUCACACAAUCUCUGGCUAACAUGGCCAUCAAGAGGCCCACGGGUAUUCAAAAAGGGUGUAUUCCCGAGAUUCUCAAGGGCAGGGACUGCAUUGGUGGCAGCAGGACGGGUUCCGGAAAGACGGUCGCCUUCGCGGUGCCCAUUCUUCAGAAAUGGGCCGAAGACCCUUCCGCCAUCUACGGCCUCGUCUUGACGCCGACCCGAGAGCUGGCUCUGCAGAUCUUUGAGCAGUUCAAGGCCAUCGGGUCGCCCCAGGGUCUCAAGGUCACCCUCAUCACUGGCGGCAACGACAUGCGCCCUCAGGCCAUUGCCCUUGCCUCACGUCCCCACGUUGUCAUUGCGACGCCCGGUCGCCUCGCCGAUCACAUCCGCACGUCUGGCGAGGAUACCAUUUGUGGCCUCCGUCGCAUCCGCUUCGUUGUUCUUGACGAAGCCGAUCGCCUACUUGACGGUACCGGCACCGGCAGCAUGCUUCCCGCCGUCGAGGAGUGCCUCUCCGCCCUGCCGCCACCGGCCCAGCGUCAGACGCUCCUCUUCACCGCCACCAUCACUCCCGAAGUGCGCGCCCUCAAGGACAUGCCUCCAAAGCCCGGCAAGGAGCCCGUCUUCAUCUGCGAGGUCGACACGCAGAUGCUCGCCAUCCCUACCACCCUCGCUCAGAAGCACAUUCAGGUGCCCGUCACUCACCGCGAGCACUACUUGCACACCUUCCUGCUGACGGCCGCCAACGUCGAGAAGACGGUCAUUGUCUUCUGCAACCGCACCACAACUGCUCAGUUCCUUCACCACCUGCUCCGUCUGCUCGACCACCGCGUCACGAGUCUGCACUCCCGCCUGCCACAGCGCCAGCGUACCGACAACCUGGCCCGCUUCCGCGCCGCCGCCGCCCGCAUCCUGGUUGCCACGGACGUCGCCUCGCGUGGUCUUGAUAUCCCCGAGGUGGCUCUUGUUGUCAACUAUGACAUUCCCCGCGACCCCGACGACUACAUUCACCGCGUUGGUCGUACUGCGCGUGCCGGCCGCAAGGGUGAGGCCGUCACCUUUGUCGGACAGCGUGAUGUGGAGCUCGUCCUUGCCAUCGAGGCACGCGUGGGACGAACGAUGGAUGCCUGGACAGAGGAGGGUGUCAACCUCGAGACGCGCGUUGUCAGGGACACGCUGAAGAUUGUAGGCGAGAAGAAGAGGGAGGCACUGCUCGAGAUGGAAGAGAACAAGGAGGUGGGUGGCAAGAGGAAGAGGACCAAGACGAAGCUGAGGGCGACGACGGAUGGGUUUUAG